AUGUGCGAAGAUGAGGCAAGCUGUCCCCGUCUCACGGCAGCCCGAGCCACAGCGGAAACUACUCAACACUGCUCCGCUUCCCCUAGAAACAAGACCAGCACCCUCGCGCAUGACCUGAACACGAAUGCGACUGCAUCUGCCAUUCCUCGCAUUGCCAAAGGCACCUUCCACCCAGUUGAACCAGUUGCCUGUGCCCAUCCCCAGGGCUCGUUUGCUGCAUCCCUUGCUUUUCGGGAACUUGCAGACUUUGCACGGCCAGGAGGUCUGACAGAAUCUGAUGUUGCAUUUUGCAAGUUUUGCGACUGCAGUCUUCCAAGUCAGGACCGUAUGCCGCGGAGCUGUUCCGCACCGCGGCUGAAGGUGCUCAUUGUGAAUCGCAGUCACGAGCACGGCGCCGAACGACAGGGCGCCUGUGCACGUACAGCACCAGCGGGUUGGUUUGGCCUCCCAUUCUGCAGGGCUCGAUGCGCAUAG